ACGGUCAUGCAGCCGAUGUGCGUAUUUAUUUGAGACUAAUAUGUUCGUAGGGAAUUAUACCGUUUGUAGCCAGUUCGUGGAACAUUUGUUUAACACAGAAAGUUUGUUUGCAAGUUAUGGAAUACUAGACUUUCAAUGUUGAUUCUUAGCCUAACGGCCAGCAUUCAGCAACACGUUUCAUACGAUCAGAAUAAUGAUAAUGAUUAGAAAAAAGAUGAAGUAACCUUACACUGGAUAUUAUCCAUUUACUCCAUCUGCCGUCGAAGAUUGUGAAUUAAUCUGGAGCCUUCGUACACUGGUACACUCGCCAAUGUACACUGUGGACCAGCGUGCGCUUUCACUCGGGGACUACCUCGCGCCAUCGCUUUACAGUUAAAAUGCUCAGAAAAUGCCAAUUAAGGCACUAGCCAAGAAUCUAAAUAAUUUGACAAUUUAUGUAAAAUAGCCUACUACAUCUGUAUCCUGACAAUAUCGAUUGAAGAGAUGCAUAAAGCUCAAUUGAUGCCCAACGAACAAUACAAAUGCUGAGGAGUUUUCACUACUAACACGUUUUGAAGAAAAAGGGAGAGAAUUCCGCAUUCCUGUGUUAUCCAGAGCAUGGAUUAAGCUACCAUCUGGAUCUCUACUAUUGAACCCAUCUCGAUGGGCAGUAAAGCAGUUUAUAAUCUGUAAAUGGGCAGUGAGAAUGGAAGAAAGAGAUAUCUAGAUAAUUGCUGCAAGCUGUGCGCCCUAUCCAAUUGCACCCAAACCCUCAUAAGACUAAUGUGAAACUAGCUUUAAUGAAUAAAACCCAGGAUGUUUUCUGACCAGGCAGACUUGAACUACAGUUUCAACGUGAGCGAAGACCUGUUCACGUUCCUGGACCGAGAUUCGAGCAACUCUACGGAGGCAAAGCUCUCCAGAGCUGGCUUCAUUGUCCUAUCUGUGUUCCUGGGCUUGAUCAUGACUUUCGGAUUCCUCAACAACUUCAUUGUCCUCAUGCUCUUCUGCAGAUUCAAGACUCUGCGAACGCCUGUCAACAUGCUCUUACUGAACAUCAGUGUUAGCGACAUGCUAGUGUGCUUGUUCGGAACCACGCUGAGCUUCGCGUCCAGCAUCCGCGGGAAGUGGUUCCUAGGCACCCACGGAUGCAACUGGUACGGCUUCAUCAACUCCUGUUUCGGUAUAGUGUCUCUGAUCUCCCUGGUGAUCCUGUCCUACGACCGGUAUAGCACCCUGACCGUCUACAACAAGCGGGGGCCCGACUACAGGAAGCCCCUGCUGGCUGUGGGGGGGUCCUGGCUGUACUCCCUGCUGUGGACGGUGCCCCCCCUAAUGGGCUGGAGCAGCUAUGGCCUGGAGGGGGCGGGGACUAGCUGCUCUGUGUCCUGGAACGAGCGCACCGCCCAGUCCCACGCCUAUAUCAUCUGCCUGUUCAUCUUCUGCCUGGCCCUGCCCAUCAUGGUCAUGGUGUACUGCUACGGACGCCUCCUGUGGGCAGUGAAACAAGUGGGUAAGAUUCGGAGGUCUGCAGCGAGGCGGAGGGAGUACCACAUCCUGUUCAUGGUCCUGACCACGGUGGUGUGCUACAUGGUGUGCUGGAUGCCUUACGGCGUGGUGGCCAUGUUGGCCACCUUCGGCCCCCGCGGCAUCAUCACCCCUGUAGCCAGCGUGGUUCCUUCCCUACUAGCCAAGAGCAGCACAGUCAUCAACCCCCUGAUCUACAUACUCAUGAACAAGCAGUUCUACAGGUGUUUCCUGAUCAUGUUUCGUUGCAAGCGGCAGGCGAUGGAAAACGGCCUGUCUUCCAUGCCCUCCAAGACCACAGUGAUCCAGCUCAACCGCCGGGUCCACAGCAACACCGUGGCCUGCACCGCUCAGAUCUCCACGGGCCUCAACCACGGGUGCAGCACCCCAGCCACCGAGCGCACCAACCCCCCAGAGGUCACCUCCUGAGGGGGCACAGCGCCAGCAGAGGCCUGGGGUAAAGGCACGGGGACUCCCACCAUGACCAAUCACGGAACAGCACUGCAUGGUCAAUUCUGUCACAUUCACCGGACCGAUUCUGAUGAUGCCACCAGAAUAAACUCCCUUGUAGGGAGUCCUCUGGAGUCCGUCCAGUCAGUGUGUUUACAUUGUGUGUGUGUGUGUGUGUGUGUGUGUAUAAUAAAGAGAAAAUACUGUAUAUGGGCAAUUAAUUGUGCAUGUUGUAUCUCAGACAAACGAGUGUGUGUGUGUGUGUGUGUUGACGAGUGUCCAACAGAGUGGGUGUGUAUGACAGACAUGUACAAUAAGGAGUACUGUAUGUGCAAUUUGUGCCUGUUUUCUCUGCUUUGUGUGUGUGCAAACCCCGUUUAGGUGUAAAUAUCAUGUUUCCAUUUAGCUCCAGCUCCAUUCCUCCUCCACUCAGCACACCUCGUCACCCCC